UACAUCUUCCCCUUUCACGCGUUUAUUAUUCCAGUCACGAGACUUGCUCCCCCCCCAGCAUGUCCGGAGUCUAAGCUAUUAUUUUAUCCACUCAAAUACGUCCUAUUUAAGGCAGGCAUGAGUUGCCUUCAUCCUAUCCCGCUGCUCUUCUUCAGCGUACUGAGUCACCUCCCGGGCGCCACUACGUCGCAGCCAUCCUUCUCCCAGCUGCCCUUCACGAGUGUGUGGAACGCGCCCUCGGCCACCUGCCUCUCCCAAUACGAUGUGGAUCUUGACCUAGGCACGUUCGGCAUCGCCCAGAACCAAAACCAGACUUUCAUGGGUGACGACAUAACCAUCUUCUACACGCAAAAGCUGGGUAAGUAUCCGAACUACAGCCAAGGCAAGGCGGUAAACGGCGGCGUGCCGCAAAACGCCAGCCUCGCAGAGCACCUGAGGGCGGCAAGAGACGAUAUCCGCAAGUACGUCCCAGAUGGGGACUUCCGGGGCCUAGCUGUGGUGGACUGGGAGAGCUGGAGGCCCGUGUGGGAGAGGAACUGGGACGCUAAGCAGGUGUACUGGGAAGCAUCACGAGCACUGGUCCGGUCCAGUCAUUCGGACUGGAAACCUGCGCAGGUGGACGCUUUAGCCCGUGCCGAGUUUGAGGCGGCGGGCAGGAAGUUCAUGGAGGAGACGCUGAAACUAGGCCAGAAGGAGCGCCCCGGUGGACUGUGGGGGUUCUACGGGUUCCCCAAUUGCUACAACUACUACACAAGCACCAACUACACAGGCCAGUGUGCCACAGUGGAGUCCAAGAGGAACGACGAGCUGACGUGGCUGUGGAACGUCUCGUCAGCUCUCCUUCCCGACAUCUACCUCAACCUCGAGCUGCGUGGCCUCGGCAAGGAAGUGUCACUCUACGCUCGCCACCGCAUCCUGGAGGCCUUCAGAGUGGCGCCGACCCCUCGGCCCGUCAUUCCCUACGCCACCAUCGUCUACACCUACUCACUCCAGUUUCUCUCCCAGGAGCAUCUGGUCUACACUGUCGGUGAGAGCGCUGCCUUGGGAUCUGCAGGGUUAGUGCUCUGGGGUGACAACGCUUUCUCCAAAUCGAAGGCCUCUUGCGAUGCCGUCAAGUGGUACAUAGACGAGACCCUGGGUCCUUAUUUGGUCAACGUGACGUCGGCGGCCGUCCUCUGCAGCCAGGCCGUGUGCUCGUCCAGGGGAAGGUGCGCCAGGAGGGACCCCGAGUCGCGGACCUACCUCCACCUCGACCCCGCCCGGUGGAAGGUGGUGCCCGAAGAGAGGGCGCCACGUAGGCGCCAUUACACGGUCCUGGGACGUCUCAGCACGCAAGAGGUGAUGCUCAUGAGGUCCCGGUUUGAGUGUAAGUGUUACCCGGGGUGGGGCGGCGACAGCUGCUCCACGCCCCGGCACGUAUAAAUGCCAAUCCAAUAAGUGAUGCUGACAUCUCCGGAAAAAGUUCACAACCAUACAGUAUGUGCGUGGUCUCUUACGACAGUGUUCUCUAACGUAUAUGAGGUUUUAAUAUGUCAGUAGUUUAUAAUGCAUAGCGCUUAAUUGCUUUUGGAUCAACAAAAAUUAUGACCUGUUUUAAUUAUAGGGGCUGAGCCCUGCCGCAAAAACGAAAAUCUGCAAAUAAUUUCUAAUUAUGUACAGAUGCCACAAGUUGGUGGCAAAACACAACGGAAAGGAACAUAAAGCUCCGACGCCAUGCAUCCAACAUGUGCACAACAUGAAGCCAUGUCACUUAAACGACCAUCGUUAGUAAUUAAUUAUUCAUGAACAAACAAACCACCUUCACAUGAGACUCACCAACGGUAUUAGCUGGCACACUAGUCUAAAGAGGAGGCACGGUGGUUAAAAUAUUGGCAUCAGUGUUGUAUCAAGCUGGUUGUGUUUCUCAUCCGGACAUGCAAAUAUCUAUCAUGUCCUGAAACAUCCAAGCAGUGGCACAUGUGGAGCUUAGUUGGUUGCUGGCAGAGGCGCUGCUGGGACAUCACGCUGGGCGUGCGUCAGCAUCAGCAACACAAAGCAUGACACUUGCAUGUUUGUAGGUCGCUGGGCAAGCUUGUACUCGUGGCAUAAUAAAGACCCCGGUCUUAUUA